GGAGGAGUGGGCACCGCGUCCCCACAGCCACUUGCCAGGCGCAGGCCUAGCCUCCCCGCCCGGCUCCGCAGUGCCCGCCACCGUCCUCAGCGCUCCCGCGCCGCGUUCCGCCCAGGCCGCGCCCAGCUGGAAUGCAGAGAUCGCCGCCCGGCUACGGCGCACAGGACGAGCCGCCCUCCCGCCGAGACUGUGCAUGGGCCCCGGGAGUCGGGGCCGCCGCUGAGCCCCGCAGCCUCCCCGCCGUCCCCGCCGUCCCCGCCGCGCCCGCCGCGCUCUCCAGCCCGCCGCGCAGCCCGGAGUCCGGACGCUAUGGCCUCAGCCCGGCCGACGGCGGGGAGCGCCCGGCCACCGACGAAUCGCGCAUCCGACGGCCCAUGAACGCCUUCAUGGUUUGGGCGAAGGACGAGCGCAAGCGACUGGCGCAGCAGAACCCGGACCUGCACAACGCCGUGCUGAGCAAGAUGCUAGGCAAGGCGUGGAAGGAGCUGGGCGCGGCGGAGAAGCGGCCCUUCGUGGAGGAGGCCGAACGGCUGCGCGUGCAGCACUUGCGCGACCACCCCAACUACAAGUACCGGCCCCGCCGCAAAAAGCCGGCGCGCAAGGCCCGGCGUCUGGAGCCCGGCCUCCUGCUCCCGGGCCUGGCGCCGCCGCCGCCGCCGCCCGAGCCGUUCCCGGUGGCGCCCGGCGCCCGCGCCUUCCGAGAGCUGCCGCCGCCGCCGCCGCCGCCGCCGCCGGGCUCCGAGUUCGACGGCCUGGGGCUCCCCACGCCCGAGCGCUCGCCGCUGGACGGCCUGGAGACGGGCGAGGCCGCCUUCUUCCCGCCGCCCGCGGCCCCCGAGGACUGCGCGCUGCGGGCUUUCCGCGCCGCCUACGUCCCGGAGUUGGCCCCGGACCCCGCCGGCUGCUACGGGGCGCCCCUCGCCGAGGCGCUCAGGACCGCGCCCGCGGCGCCGCUCGCCGGCUUCUACUACGGCGCCCUGGGCGCGCCGGGCCCCUACCCCAGCCCGCUGUCUCCGCCGCCGGAGGCCCCGCCGCUGGACGGCGCCGAGACGCUGGGGCCUCCCGCCGACCUGUGGACCGACGUGGACCUCGCCGAGUUCGAUCAGUACCUCAACUGCAGCCGGACUCGUCCCGACGCCGCUGCGCUUCCGUACCACGUGGCGCUGGCCAAACUGGGGCCCCGGGCCAUGUCGUGCCCCGAGGAGAGCAGCCUCAUCUCCGCCCUGUCCGACGCCAGCAGCGCCGUCUACUACAGCGCCUGCAUCUCGGGCUAGGCCGCCGCCGCGCCCUGGCCUCCAGCGGUGGCGGGGCCGCGGCCGGCGCUCUGGCUCGCUCCCCUCUCCCUCAGUUUCUC